AUGCCUUCUCAUUUAGCUAACUAUUCAAGUCUCAACAGAUAUUCUCGAACUUUAUAUCAAACUCUUUUCAAGCGUAAUACAGUUUUCUUAGUUGGGAUUUUUACUACUGCAUUUGUUUUUGAAAUGGGUUUUGAUACUGCCUCCGAUCGCCUUUGGGAUCAUUUGAAUAAGGGAAAACAAUGGAAAGAUAUUAAAGAUAAAUAUGCUAGUAGUUAG